AGCACUGGCAGGUUUCUGGGAAAUUAUUUCCAAGUGAAACGAUGGUCUCGGACUGUUGAGUUUGCUUUCUCCUUCUAGGUUGCUCUUUGUGAGGUGGUGGCGUUGAAGAAACUGAAUGAAUGGAACAGUUACGGCAGAGAGGAAGUUUUCAUUUCAUGCUCUCUGCUUGCCACAAGACGCGAACAACUCUGCGUCUCUGAAGUGACCUGGGAUCGUUGGAGCUCUGUGUCCUGAGGAGCCUCUGAGGAUCUCUGAAGGGCGCAGGGAUGGAUAACCGUUUUGCUACGGCGCUAGUCAUUGCCUGUGUUCUCAGCCUCAUCUCCACCAUCUAUAUGGCAGCUUCCAUCGGUACUGACUUUUGGUACGAAUAUCACACCCUGUCCCCAGCCGAGAAUGUUAGUGAAGCUGGCAGAAGCAUCUGGGAGGAAUUUGUCAGUGAAGAGGCAGAUGAGAAGACCUACACAGAUGCGCUAAUUGGAUUGUGGCGGAGGUGUAUCACUGUACCCAAAAACUCUCACUGGUACAGCCCACCAGAAACUGAUAUGACAACAAACUGCAUCAGUUUUUCCCUCUCUGAUCAGUUUAUGGAAAAAUACAUAGAGCCUGGAAAUCACAAUAGUGGCACGGAUUUGAAUCGGACUUAUCUCUGGCGAUUGCAGUUCCUCCUGCCUUUUGUCAGUCUUGGCCUCAUGUGUUUUGGGGCUCUGAUUGGCCUCUGUGCUUGUGCCUGUCGCAGCCUUUACCCUGCCAUUGCCACCGGCGUCCUCCACUUCCUAGCAGGGCUUUGUACGCUGGGCCUGGUCGGCUGCUACGUGGCUGGGAUCGAGCUACUCCACAAGAAACUACCCCUGCCUGAUGAUGUGAGGGGUGAAUUCGGCUGGUCCUUCUGCCUAGCCUGUGUCUCGGCACCUUUGCAGUUCAUGGCAGCUGCUCUUUUCAUCUGGGCAGCUCGCACCAACAGAAAGGAGUUCACUCUCUUGAAAGCUUACCGUGUAGCCUAAGGGCUGCUAUGGAAGUACUGAGUUUCCUUUGUUUAGGCUCUUCCCCCAACCCUUUACUACUUUUUUUAGUCAAAAUUUUACUUUGCACUGCAUGCUUCUUGCCAGUUGAGACAAUUUAGCCUGUGGGUGCUGAAGACAAAGAUCUCUGGACUAAAUGACCAAACUCUGCCAGAAGUCUGCA